AUGUAUAAGGAUGUCUUUGUCAUUGGAGAGCACAAAAAGUCUUACGAUAAGAGCCGAUUUAAGGAGGACUUCCUCCAGCUUACGCGAUACAUCCGAAGCGUCUUCACUGACCAGCCGACCCGCCGAUACGUUCACGCAUUCUUGCUCUGCGCUUCUAUGAUGGAGCUGUGGGUCUUCGAUCGGUCUGGACCGUAUAGCUCGGGUACAUUCGAUAUCCACGAAGAGCCGGAUAAGUUUGCUCGGGCGCUUGUCGGGUAUGCCACGAUGGAUGAUGCUACAUUGGGUCUCGAUGUGUUUAUUGAGCGAAAGCAUGGGCAUCAGUGUGUAAAUUUGAACGAUGCAAGCGGCCGAGAAACAAGUAUCAGGCUGGGAAGGCCGAUCGUCCGGCAGAAGGCUGUGGUGUGUCGUGGCACUACCUGUUUUGAGACGCGAGGCGGUAACGUCGCAAAGUUUUCAUGGGUAUCAGAUAAGCGGAAGCUGGAGGUAGAGCAGCUGAAGCUAGCCGAAGAGAGAGGCGUUGAAGGGGUGGCGAGAGUCGUUGCGCACCGUCGAAUCACUACCAUCGCAGAGCUUCGGGAGGGUUUGGAAUUUGGGGAACAUCAUCGAUUCCGGAGUGAGACCGUUCAAUUUGACGAUUUGCCGUCGACUAGCAGUGGAGGCAAGCGCAAGUCUUCUUCCGAUCACACCUCCGAUGGCGCGUCGGGAUCGAAAAAACUGCGGUCCAGCAGCCAGAGGCCAAAGGUGUCUCAAAAGGUGACCAAUACCCUGUCGAAGCACACGAGGCCAAGCCUGUACACCUCCGGCGAGGACUUGUGGGAGAAUAGGAUAUACUCCUGUCUCGUCAUCUCACCAGCUGGGCGGGUGAUCAGCGACUUCCGGUCGAUCGAAGAGCUGCUUGCGGCGAUGCGCGACGCAAUUAAGGCACAUAAGUCUCUUUACACAGUGGGUAAUAUUUUGCAUCGCGACAUCUCAUCAAACAAUAUCAUCAUCACGAAACCCGAAGCAGCAGACGGGUUUGAAGGUAUGCUGAUUGAUCUAGAUCUGGCAAAGGAGAGGGAUAGCGGUCCCAGUGGAGCCCGACACCAGACCGGCACGAUGCAGUUCAUGGCAGUGGAGGUGCUGCGGAGGGUCGAUCACACAUACCGCCACGACCUGGAGUCUUUUUUUUAUGUGCUGCUUUGGAUGUGCGCGCGCCAGUCAUGGCGGAACGGGUUCGCGAAUCAAGAAACACCACCGCAGGAGAGUCGUCUUCGGAAGUGGGAGAUUGGAAGAUUCCAAGAUAUUGCAGAUGUGAAAAGAGGGCACAUGACUGUAGAUGGGCUGGAAGACAUCAUGGGCGAGUUCCCAAAGGCUUUUGCCAUUGUGAAACCACUUUGUUUGAAGAUCAGGAAGAUUCUUUUCGGAGACACCGCGAGGCUGUUUAUGGGGACUCCAACCGGAGAGCCUGAUCAACUCUAUAGACCAGUGAUUGCCGCCUAUGAUGAGGUCAUUAAUAACCUUGGGCACUGCGGCGUUUCCUAA